GCCGCUCGCCGGUCGAAAGUUAUUGGACAAACGAAUUCAAACCGAAGAAGUCGUUGCUCGAUUGCUCGGUGGUCUGGUGAAUGCACAGCCGAGAGUUUGUUGUUUCUUGUUUGGCUUAGAGCUGGGAUAUACGGAGCAAUAAAACACGUCUUUUAACACUGUUAUAGUUCGAUAUUUAAGCGGCAUUUAUCAUGGCGUUGAGAAGCCGACCGGCCCUUGUGAACAUUGGGAACCAGGAGAAUGUCGCUAAUGCUAAAAGUAAGGCCCUGGGCCUUGGGCAUACCAAGAGAGCGGCAUUGGGUGAGAUAGGCAAUAAAGUGAACAAUUUGCGUGGCACAAGACCGAUGUGCAAAGCAACCAUUCAGCACGACUUGCAAAAGAAGGUCACGGUGAAAACAGCCACUUUGGAAAGUCUGAAGCCGGUGGAAAAGCCUCACGUUGAGCUGGCCAAGCAAGUCGUUAAAAAUGAAUCCUCAUCUCCACCCGUCAGACCUUCGAUUGAACAAACCCCACCACCUGCACACCAGCAGCAAAUGCAGCAGCCGGAUCAGGGUGAAAAGGUGUCGUUUUCAUCGGACCUUUUGAUAGAGGAUAUUGACCAAGAUGACAGCGGAAAUCCCAUACUUGUGUCGAUAUAUAGCAAUGACAUAUACGCACACCUCCGUGAUCUCGAGCGGCAAACUCCUGUAGAAACAGAGUUCUUAGCUGGACAACAAGUCACUUCUAAAAUGAGAAGCGUUCUUGUCGAUUGGCUUGUUGAGGUUCACCAACAGUUCCACCUUACUCAGGAGACGCUCUAUCUGACAGUUGCAAUACUUGAUCGAUUUCUCCAGGCAUACAGGACUAUCGACAGAAAGAGGCUGCAGCUGGUGGGUAUAACGGCAAUGUUCGUGGCCAGUAAAUACGAGGAAAUGUAUUCCCCGGACAUAAACGACUUUGUUUAUGUGACGGAUAAUGCCUAUUCGAAACUGGAGGUCUUGCAGAUGGAGAUGGUGAUGUUGCGGACUCUGAAUUACUCUCUUGGACGGCCCCUGCCCCUGCAAUUUCUGAGAAGAUAUAGCAAGGCAGGAAAGGCCUUAGCCGUCCAUCACACAAUGGCUAAAUAUUUUCUGGAGCAAAGUCUAGUCAAUUACGACAUGUGCCACUACCCGCCCAGUCUCGUCGCGGCUGCGGCAUUGUACCUGUCACUUUUCCUGAUUGGUAGCGAAGAAGAUGCGGAGGAAGGAAAACUCGUCUGGACACCGACUUUGGUACACUACAGUACGUACACAGAGGCACAGGUACUUCCGAUUGUUAAAGAAAUAGCUUUGUAUAUCAUAAAUGUUGAGAAAUCAAAGCAUCAAGCUGUGAGAAAGAAGUACACCCAGUCAAAGCAUAUGAAAAUAAGUUUGCGUUCAGAGCUUAAAUCACCGACGAUGUACGACCUGGCGACAACCAAGAGGCAAGACUAGACACGUGGUAUCGUGUAUAAUGUGUGUGAGAAAAUUGAUAAUAUAAUUGAAAGAAGAAUUUUACAUUCUUCGUUUAACGCAAAACACGGCGAUGUUAGUAUUUGUCGAGCAUCGAAACGUUGCUCGGGGUACGUAAUUUCGCCUGUGCGUUAUUAGAUAGCUCAA